AUGAAGACCUCCGUCGUCCUCAUCAACAUUCUCGUCGGACUCGUGGCGGCACGCCCGCUGGCCGUGCGUGACCCGCAGUCAUCUUCAUUCAACGGAGCUCAACUCUAUUACAAUGAUGAAGAAGAGGCCGACAGCAGUCGUCCAGCCCCAGCUUCAAACAGCAAUGGAGGAUUGUUCAACGGAGCUCAACUCAAUUACGGUGGUGAAGAAGAGGCCGACAGCAGUCGUCCAGACCCAGCUUCAAACAGCAAUGGAGGAUUGUUCAACGGAGCUCAACUCAAUUACGGUGGUGAAGAAGAGGCCGACAGCAGUCGUCCAGACCCAGCUUCAAACAGCAAUGGAGGAUUGUUCAACGGAGCUCAACUCAAUUACGGUGGUGAUGAAGAGGCCAACAGCAGUGACGAUAUACGCGGCGGCCUCCUUCAACACCCAAAAACCUCCCAACCGAAACCCGGAAAAUACGGGGAACUUUCCCCAGAAAGCUGCCGCAACGUCCGCAAAAACUUGGGUGCGGAAUUCGCCGCAGGGCUCGGCGUUCGUGCUUCUCCCAGUCUUCUCGUUCAACCCGCCAAGCUAACUUCGUCAGUGCUAACAACCCGUCGCGAGACACGACGCUGCGGAGCCAACUCCAACGUUGGCAAGUCUCGAGACCCGGACUAG